AUGUCAACAGCAGGCCGGCCGCCUCGGCUCACCGCCGAAAAGGGAUUGCCGCCGCAGCUCAGUGACACGAAUCACAUGACUCACCCCAACUCUGCCUUCCAGUUCCACGUCCUCGAGGCCUCUGCGCGGCGCCACCCCACCCCUACCCGCGAUGAGCAGCAGCAAUAUCGACACACCGCGAAGCAGGCUGCAAUCUACCGAACGCCGCGAUGGCAGGCGGCGUCGAUCUCUAAAGCUUCAGCGAGCGUUUCUGUCGUGGCGGUGUUUGCGGGGGCGGAACGUGGGCAUGGGACGCUGAUGGAUAGUGGGAGUGGGAGUGUGAGUAUGGGGACGAUGGUGUCGCCAUCGACGAGUGGAGGAGCGGGUCCGUCGAGGUUGAGAGAGGUGGUUGCGCGGCUGGAGGAGAGUGUCGAGGGUGAUGAGGACCCCAAUCCGGAUCGGACGCAUGCUGCGGAAGAUAACGCCGACUCCCCGAUUCCGAGCACAGAUGAACAAAGGCUGGCACUGCGGGCGAAUCCUUCUCUUCCCAACCUUCGACAUUCUCGUGCUGAGUCUGAGCGCCCGGCUUCGACGUCCUGGUUCUCGUCGCUCACAAGGACGAAGGGCAAGACGGUGGUGAAGGCGGUUCAUUCGGAACCUGUCGUAACGACAUUUACUACGACGCAGGAAGACGUUAUUUCGUCACCAACAACCGCCCCUGAAGCAUCUGCGCCUCCACCCCCACCUCCCGUUCUCGAAGCCCAGCUAUCAACGCCAAUUGCACCUACGACAGAACCCGUUCUCAAUCCACCACCUGCACCAGCACUAGUCGACGCUGACCCGACCAUUCCUAGCACAAGCACCAGUACGAGCACAAGUGGGCAAACACUACAGGCAACGACGAACCCACCUCUUCCUAACCCCCAACAAUCGCGUAUCGAACACCCAGCUCCGGCUCCGACAUCGUGGUUCGCGUCGUUGACGAGGCCGAAAGGGAAGGUGAACGCGCCUGACGCUCCUUCAUCUGCAAGUCCAACGACAGCGACGGAAGGGGGAAAUGCCGUCGAUUUCCCCGCCCCUGUAGCUGACCCGACGCCUCUCCCUCUCCCUCUCCCUCAGCCCCCAUCUCCGGGGUUGGAAGUGCUGCCCCCAACACCAACCGCCGUCCAGGAACCUAUCAUACCGUCACGCACCGCUGAACCAAUUUCCUCGCCACCUUCACCUCUACCACCACCCCUCAAAUCGUCCCCUCUGCCCAUCCCAUCCCAUCCGCGUCCGCGUCCGCCUCAGGCCCAAGUCCCCGCCAAACGCUCCUGGUUCGGCUCCGGUACCAGCACACCUUUAUCUUCCUCGCCCACCGCCAGCGCUAUCGAUGCAUAUGCCUAUGCAGCUCCGAAUACGAAGUUGAACGUCGAUGCCCGACUUCCAAUCGACCUCUCCUCCUCGCCCUCGUCCUCGCCCUCAUCCUCGACUUCCUCGAGCCCUUCGUCAUCGUCUGGACCAACGCCUCCGAUAUACGCGCCGCAGCCGCAGCCGAUACACGCCCCUCCCCCUCCGCGGCCGCCAACGCCAACGCCAACGCCACCCCAAAUACCCGCGCUUUCCGUCUCAUGCUCGAUCGACGACCGCGUGCCGAGCUUACCACCCACACCGCCUGCCUAUCAGCUCUUCUCCCCAACACCAAUGACAACCCCGAAGCCUGCGUUACAAGCCCCGCCACUGCAGCCAACGCCAACGCCGUCGGCUGUAUCGCUGAACGCGAGCAGCAGCCGGUUCACGCUGAGCAUACCUCUGCUCGGGCGGGCGAAGAUGCCGUUGGGGAGUGUGUUGGGGGUGGUGGGGGUGGGGGUGAAGGCGGAGACGCGGGGUAAGGGGGAGGGGGAGAGUAAAGACCCUCCUCGAGCUCCUUCCUCUACGUCGGCCUUGGACCCGAAGGCAGGAGAUGCUGGGUUGUGUGGCACUACGACAUCGACAAUGACUCCAGCACCUACUGUGACGGCCAUAUCACCAACGACUGAUGCGAUUCCGCAAAAUCCGACUGGGACCUACACUGCCGACACUGAAUCGGCGUCAACUCCUCUUGCAGCUACCUCCUCGUCAACCAUCGCGCUCGCGCCCGCAGCCCUACCUCCAUCCCCGAUGUUGACGUCGACACUAGCAGACGAUAGCACUACGAACUCUUCGAAUCCGCCGGCGAUACCAGCUGCUUCCACACCGGGUUCGACGUCAGCAGACCCACAGCAGGAGCAGCAGCAGCAGGAGAGCAGGCAACGAAGACAAGAGACGUCGUGGUGGGGGUACGUCGGGUGGUCUUCCACGUCAACUACAACCACACCAUCGGGUGCGAUGAUCCAGACGGAGGAAGACGAGCGAGACACUGGAGGGUCGAACGGAGAUGGAGGAGGUCCCCAGCCAACGCUCGAUACGACUUGUCCUAUAGUCGUUGAAGCCGACGACCCGAAGAUGCGGGAAGAGGCGAAGAUGCGAGGAGAGGAGGUGGGGAAAGAGGCGCAGGCUCAGGCUGAAGCGGAAGCGAGGUUCUUAGACGCCCUCGACGCACUUGGGGGUGCAGACUUGGAGGUUGCGGAUGGCGGGUCGAGGACCGAGGGCGGGGUAGGAGAUCGUGUGGGUGGUGUGGACGAAGGACCAAAGCAGGCGCAGGUGCAAGGGACGUGGUUGGCGCCGUGGUCGUGGUAUUACUCGUCUAGCACUACAGCCACGUCUACGACCACGACCACGUCCACGACUAGGGGGAUGGCGGAGGUCCGGCCUGGAGAGGGCGAAGGCGAGGAGAACGUCACGGUUAAAGAGGCGGUUCAAAAUUCGGAGGAGGCGAAGGGACACCCCGCACCCGCCACGGCCCUAGAACCCGACCCAGACCCAGAACCCAACCCGAUAGCGCAGACGUUCGCCUCGAACAAGAGUGGGUGGGCGUCCUUUUGGACUCAGAGCUCGAGAGCGCUGGUUGGGAAGAGGGUGGGGUAUAGGACGCCGUUGCUCGUUGAAGCCAGGCCGGAAGAGGAAGAUAGGGUGAGGAGGGACGAGAGUGGGGCGGAGGUUAUGGAUAUUGAGGAGGAGGAUGAGGUGGUGGGAGGGGUGGGAGGAGCAGAGGGGGAAGGGGGUAAGAAGCUCGGCUCGACCGUCGCGAUUUUAGAGGGCGGGAAGAAGUCUGCGUCGACGCCUCCUACCCCAAGGAAAGGCGAGAGUGGGCGGAACACGCCCGUUCCGCCCAGCCAAACGAGUGCGGGCGCGACGUCCGACAAGGUCAAGGCGGUUGCUACGGCGACGGGCAUGAGCGCGGCGGAUGUGGUGGUUGAGGUUGGAGGCGGUGGUUCAACUUCGACCACCACGAGCACGAGUACCACCACCGCAACGGCGAUGACGACUAAAUCCACUACCACGGCGACGACGGCCGCUCCUUUGACCGACAUCAAACGUACAUCCUCGCCUACACCCUCGACAUCAUCCGCCAAAUCCACGUCUAAGGACAAACCGCCCUCCGCACCUCCCCCGCCCAACCUCGUCCUGCCCACAUGGGAAGACACGUUCCAUACCGCCCCGCGGAACGUCUUACCGCCCAGACCUGUGGGGUACGCGGACGACCAGAGGGUGGGCGGUGGUGGUGGUGCCGGUGGUGGGGGGGUGUUUGGACGGACGAUCAAGUUCGUCAGUGGAGUUCUUGGCGGGUCGGGGUUGGGGAAGGAGCGGGCGGGGGGUAUGGGGACGGAGGAGGCGAGUGAAGGCGGGGGCGGGGAGUCGUUGCUCGAACGAGAGAGGAGGGAGCGGUUCAGGGCGUUCGGGCAGGAGCUGCCGAAGGCGUGGAAGGUGUUUGAGGAUGCUGGGUGGGAUACGAGGGGGGAUAGGUUGAGGUGGGGUGUGAGUGGGGCGAAGACCGGUGCGGGUGCUGGUGCGGGCGGAGGGGGAGGUGUGAUGGAAGGAGAGGUGAAGGACGUGCUGAGCGUGGUCGUCAUUGGCGUGCACGGCUGGUUCCCGGGCUCGAUGAUUCGGACGAUGUUGGGCGAGCCCACCGGAACCAGCAUAAAAUUCGCCAACAUGAUGGAACAGGCCCUCCAAGAAUUCGAGGCCGAGCACAACGUCAAGUUCGACAAGAUCACAAAGAUCCCACUCGAAGGGGACGGGACGAUCUCGAAGCGGGUCGACAAGCUAUACACAAACCUCCUCGCGAACUCAUCCUGGGUCUCCGACCUCCACGCCGCAGACGCCAUCCUCGUCUCAACGCACUCGCAGGGCUCUAUCGUCUCGACGCACCUCCUCGAUCGGCUCAUUGCUGACGGCCAUGUCGUCACCUCGCGGAGCCAGCUUUUGCAUGAUCCCCACCACGCCAACGCGAACACGCUGGGUAGCGCCGCCGACUCCUUCUCAUCUGCAAUUGGGUUGAGCGAGCCACAGAGCAAGACGCAGAGGAGGAAGGUCCAGCGCGUAUGCUGUCUCGCGAUGUGUGGGAUCCAUUUAGGCCCGUUGCGGUACUUGAGCUCGAGUACGCUCGUCGGGCCGUACCUUCAGUACUUCGAGUCGACAGCUGCGCGAGAGCUGUUCGAGUUCCAGAACUCGGAGAGCGCAGUGUCGAAAGCGUACGUCAAGGCUCUGCAGAACGUCCUAGACCACGGGACGAAGAUGCUCUACGUCGCCUCCUUGAACGACCAAGUCGUGCCCAUCUACUCGGGCCUCUUCACCGCGCUCUCGCACCCGCUCGUCCUGCGGGCGCUGUACAUCGAUGGGGAUGCGUAUCACUCAUCCGACUUCCUCUCCGCCCUCCUCAUCCUCCUCCUCCGGAUCCGCAACUCCGGGCUCCCCGACUCGGGCCUCCUGGCGCACCUCUCAGAAGCGACGGCGGGGUCGCUGAAUGGCGUGGGGCACUCGACGGUUUAUGAGGAGGUGGGGGUGUAUGAACUCGCGGUCAAGUACCUGUUUUUGACGAAUGAGGGGAUGAUGAUGCACGAGCAUACGCGUACGCGUACGACGAUGAGCGUCGAACAUUUUAAUGCUGCGAAUGAGCAGAAUGACUAUGAGAUCCCCUGGUCCCUCCGAGACAUAAUCGCCGACCCGCGCGUCGCCCACUUCUUCGCACCCGAUAUCACAGCGCUGCGCGCCGCCUUCAGGGAGUGGCACCCCAAGACGACGAUAUUGAGGGAUUUGAAGAGGAAGUUGGCGCCUAUACAGCGGUUGGGGGUGGGGGUGGGGGUGGGGGGGAUGGCGUUGGAGGGGGGCAUGGGGAUGGGGAUGGGGACGAGCAAGUUAUAA